UUCUUAUUUACUUUCCCUUUAUCUUCUUCGUCAGUGAGAGAACAAUAAUGGAGUCCAAACGUCAAGCUUUCACUCUCUCAACGAUAUUGCUUCUGAUGCUGCUGGGUUUGGCGAGCUCCGAUAUCAACCAAGACAAAGCCGAGUGUUCGAAUCAGGUGGCGGGGCUGGCUCCGUGUCUGCCGUACGUGGAGGGCGAGGCGAAAACGCCGACCAUAGACUGUUGCAGCGGCCUCAAACAGGUGGUGGACAAGAGCAAGAAAUGCCUGUGCGUGUUGAUCAAAGACGGAGACGAUCCCAGCCUAGGGAUCAAGAUCAACGCCACGCUCGCCGCCGCUCUCCCCUCUACUUGCCGCGCCACUGUUAACAUGACGGAUUGCAUCUCCCUACUGCACUUAGCACCCAAUUCCCAUGAAGCAAAGUUAUUUGAAGGUUAUGAGAAGCUGACAGAAGGGCAUCCCAGCGUUGCCGCUACCACCCCAUCAACCACCGGAAACUCCACUAGCAGUGGUGCACAGCACAGUGAUGGAGGAAAGGGACAGAAGUGGGCGGCCAUCGAGAUGGCGUUGGGAGCUUCUCUUUGGAUUUUUGUUAUACAUCAAAGCCUUGGUGUGUGAUAAUGGAGUUUAUUA